AUGAGUGGUCUCGCCGAUCCCCCAUCCUCCAGGGCCACCACCUUCGCCGGACCUGCAGAUGCUCCCGGCAAAACACGAAAUCUCCCUGUCCUCUCGCAAUCCGCCCAGCAGUCCCCUGCCGCAAUGGACAUCACUCCUCCAUCCUCCGUCGCAGCUGGCGGGAUCCCUAUCCACAGCAGUCCCGAUAGCGACCGCACUGGCGCAAUCAACAGCAAUGGCGCCGAAGUCGGAAUCACCAGCAAUCCCCAAAACUCGGCCGUUGGGGCGGCUGCAGCAGCCCAGCAACCCAAAGUGGUACAAACCGCAUUUAUCCACAAGCUCUACAACAUGCUUGAGGACUCCAGCAUCCAGCAUUUGAUAUCGUGGUCCAGCACCAAUGACAGCUUUGUCAUGUCGCCGACCUCUGAAUUCUCCAAAGUCCUAGCCCAGUAUUUCAAACACACCAAUAUAUCGUCCUUUGUCCGUCAGUUGAACAUGUACGGGUUUCACAAAGUGAGCGACGUCUUUCAUACGGGCUCUCCGGAUUCUGCGCUUUGGGAAUUCAAACACGGAAAUGGCAAUUUCAAACGGGGUGAUUUGAUCGGUCUACGCGAGAUUAAGCGGCGCGCAUCUCGACAUGCUUUGAUUCAUCGCGACUCAUUCCCCGGCCACAAGGCCACUGUGUCACAACCAGGCACCCCCGCCGAGCCUGUCCCCGAUGCGACAGAAGCUAGGCUUAUGAACCUCGAAUACAGUCUACACGACAUGCAUGCUCGUCUGACGCGUGCGGAAGAAGGGAACGUGGCUCUGAGCUCAAAGUGCCAGAACAUGGCUGAAGGGCUCGCAAAAUGCUACCAAUGGACGCAUUCUAUCUCUCGCUUCCUACAAGGAGUCGUGCCUAAUCAAGAGAGUCCCCUCUAUCGUGACAUCAUGAAUAUGCAAAGGGAGGUAGAGAAGCAUCUUGAAGCAGUCCGUGCCAUGGAUGCUUCCCACGAUACACUCAUGCCACCACGCCAACCAUUCUUCGGGAACUUGCCAGUAGAGUCUGGACCCCCUUUGUCCCCUCGCCAGUUACCUCAAGACGACAGCCGACGCCAGUCUAUGAUCCGGCCACCCGUCCCUCCUCAUCUAGCUGUGUCUCCUCGUCGCUAUGGCUCCAUCGGAGGUGCCAAUGCGCCUAUUCCUAACUAUAAUCGACUGCAACCUCCUCCUGGUGCUGGUUCUGGCACCGCUGCUCCGCCUCCCCCGCAACAACAGCCGCAACAACCCACGCCUCAUCCUCUAUCCAUAUCGACUCCUCCCGGGGCCCCGAAUCUAGGCCGCCGCCACACCUUCGCGGAUAUUCGGCAAGCCGAUUGGCCUCCUACCGGUACUUCCCCUUUCCCUCCGGGACAUACCAGUGGGGGUGGCGGAAGCAGUGGUCCUUGGCCAUCCUCUCCUCAUCGUUUACCAACAAGUAGCGAGCAACAAGUUCGGGAUGUGCUCGCUCAAUAUGAAAUGGGUGCGCCUCGACGCCUCCAGGAUCAAUCCCGUCAUGCGACACCGCCAACUGGGGCCGAGCCAUCACCGUCAAUGCUAAGCGUUGACAAUGGCUGGACCCUGGGAGGCUCGAGGUUCCCCCGUCAGGAAUCUUCACUACCUGCCACUCGCCGCUCGAGCAUGGCAAGCAACGUCCAUUCACUCUUAAACCCGGCUGAUACUGCGGAACGGCCAGACGAAGAUCAACAAGAGGACCGGAAACGAAAACGGUUGGAGUAG